AUGAACCUGAUUGAGCAGCCCUUUCAACACGAUAACUUUCAAACAGAAGAUUCUGCCCCAAUACAAGAUAACGAAAAUAAUUCGAAUUUCCACGGGCUCAUCAGCCCCAAGUUGGCUAAUGAACUUCUAAUGAAAUAUCGAAUGCAUAAAAUGCCUCAGUAUCCUUUCGUAAUCAUACCACCUGAAAUAGACUUUGUGAUGCUUCGCCAACAAUCCCCAUUUCUUUUUCUAUGCGUUAUGACCGCUUCACUGGAGCAUGAUCCGGCGUUACAACAUACCCUGGAGACCCUAAUUAGAGGAGAGAUUGCAACACGUUUAAUCAUAAAGAUUGAAAGAAACAUAGACCUAUUACAAGGACUACUUGUACAUAUCGCCUGGUCCCACUAUCACUGGAGAACUUACCAUACUCAUAUGUAUAUGCUGCUCCAGAUGGCAAGUAGUGUGGUUGUGGAUCUUGAUCUUGACAGGGACGAGAGCUUCAGAAUGCAGACAAUCCCAAUAGAAGGAAAGGAACCCGAUCAAAUACAAGAACUCUCAUCUCAAACUGCUGCUGGGCAGCGAGCUCUGCUGGGAUGCUACUACAUAUCUUCUAAGUCGUCCAUAUUCCGCGGUCAACUCACGAUGCGACAUACAAGAUGGGUCGACCAAUGUGCUAAAUCUCUAGCGGAAAAAGCAGAGUAUCCCACAGAUUUACAACUCAAGGCCUAUGUUGAUGUUCAGUCAUUAGCAUAUCAAAGCCGGCUACUGUUUGAAGAGCUGAGGCGAUGUUCAAAAUUUCCACCUUUAGAAGACUGGACUAGAGUCUCUGACCUAAUACAACAACAAUCGCAGAUAGAGGAGCCGCUGACCUUACAUAAUACGGAGAAUCAUUCAUGGGCUCUACGCCUUGAGCUGAGCGCAGCACACACACUGGUGCUUGGACAAGCACUGUGGCGAAGAAGAGACAUCUUUGAAUUACAAGAGAUAAACCACCUAAAAACUCUUACGACUUCUGCGCAUAACAUUAUAAGCACAUUCCUGGCUGUUCCCUCCUCCGUGGCCGUCCACCUUCCUGCCUCCGCCUACAUGACCAUUUGGUAUGGUUUACUAGUUCUGUCUAAGCUUAGCUUGCUCUUUCAUCCAGACGAGAGCCAGGUCACCAGCGUAGAUAAUAAGAGGACUCAUGAGAGAGCACUUGCUGUCAUACAGAAGUUUGAGGAACUUCCCCCAGGAGAUAACGUCUGGACAAACUCUAUAAAGGUUGUUCGGAACCUGUUAUCAUGGCUAGAAAAGAUGAAGGCUGAAGCACAGCGCCAUGUACCACCAAGCUCCGCUUUAAUGUCGCCGAGUACAGGCUAUAGAUUUAAUAGAAGCCAAGGAAGCUCAUUCCAACCGUCGGUUCCGGUUUUCUGGCAAGGCCAUCUGCCACGAGUUGGAGAUAACUUAGUUAAGCAAGCUGCGUGGUCGCCAAUAUUUUCCCAGGAGGACCAUGCUGCAUCUAAGGAUAUCCAGAACGGUCUGACAGACGAAUUCGAUGUCGGCCAAUGGCAGCAAAUGCUCGACAGCUUCACCUGGUUUGGACCUUCAUCAGAUAGUCAGUUGAACUUUGGUUACUACGGCAAUGUCGCAUGA